UGUGCUCUUCCUAGGCUUCCGUAGAUGUUUCCCCUCACUCUCCUGUAGUCUGCGGCUGUGCCAUCUGUGGUGAGAAGUACCCGUGGGCAGCUAUAUCAAAGCCAUGGACCAGAUCAAUAAUGUUCAGGUCGUUCCCUGCACCAAUUCUCACUAUCUGAGACCGUUUAGGGUGCAUUAUAACCAGAAUGGAACAAAGAAGUCGUGGGACUUUAUGCAAACCCAUGAUAGUGUCUCCGUGCUGAUUUUCAACACCACAUCACACUGUUUCAUCCUGGUCAAGCAGUUUCGCCCAGCUGUAUACAUGAGUGAAUGGGAGCGGAGCAAACCGAAGCCUCCGCAACCUGCAGAAGAAGGAUCUGCAGAAGCCACAACAGCAGAACCCAAAGUCCCGGAGGAAAACCAAGCAGGGGAGACAAGCGAAGACACGUCAAGCCAUCCUGACCAACCUCCGGCUUCGGCAGGUGUGACCUACGAGCUGUGUGCUGGCUUGGUGGACAAACCUAAUCUUUCUUUGGAGGAGAUUGCCAGGCAGGAGAUACUGGAAGAGUGCGGCUUUGAUGUGCCGGUCACCAAGCUGAGAAAGAUCACGUCAUACAGGUCGGGUGUUGGAGUGACUGGAUCCAAGCAGACCAUGUUCUACGCGGAGGUAUCAGAUGAAAAUCGUGUAGGAGAAGGAGGGGGUGAACCAGAGGAGGGAGAAUUGAUCGAGGUGGUCAAAGUUCCCCUCCAUGAAGCAAUGACCUUCGCCUUUGACGAGAGCAUCCCAAAAACAAUGGGCGUUAUUUUUAGCUUCAUAUGGUUCCACAACAAUAUGUCACAAAAGUAUAAGAUCUCCACCAAUGUGUAAUCUCAAGCCCCCUUUUCCGUUAUUAUGUACUUUUUUAUAUAUUGUAUUCAAAGGUGUUUUAUUUGUUUUAGUUGUUUCUUACACUGUUUGUCGUGGUUCUAGUUAUUGUCUUAUUUUAAACUAUGGUAUAUCAACACUUGUGCUAUCCACACAUCCCCACAGGUUGCCAUAGAACUGAGGGGAGGCUCAUUGUGAGUUUGUUUUGUGUAAUUGAAUGCUUUGUUUUGAAUACGUCAGGAAUUCCAACCAACCAUUUGAUGCAUCUUUUUGACAUCACACCCUGGCCCUUAAAGACUUUGUAAUGGUGAUCUACUCCUCUUUAACUUGAGAGGGCAAUAUUUGAAAGACCUUGUUGAUACCAUCUCACUUGGAGAGGAUUAGGGAGAAGAUCUCCGUCUCGGAUCAUUUACAAACAAAGCUGUGCGUUGUGGCCAGAGAGUGAGCCCGAUAGCCAUUUUCCCACCAGUUUGCCGAAAUACAAAAUAGGAGAAAAUUUGCAAAGAAAAAUUGCGAAGAAAGAAAGAAAUCAUUAGUUAAUGUGAUUACAUGUAGACAACAUAUAGGCAGCUACCCAACUUGAGAGAACUUGAUAGCCGCUACUGUAAACAAUCGCUUGCUGAAAAUUAAAAAAAUGAAGCUCUAGCGUACAGUAUUCUGUAUCUCAGGUCCAGAGCUAACAUGUUUUGUGACAUUCAGGGUUAGUGACAAUGCUGAAAAAAUAUCUAUUGAGUUUAUGAAAUACCUGGUAGAUGUAGGAGUACCAUUCUAGUCUACAAGUUUAAAGCUGCUGUACCAUAAUCGACAAAACUCCAGCAAUUCUUUCAGAUCACAUACUAGGAUACAAUAGUGCAUAGGUUUGCUUGAGUUUUAGAAAAACGCUAAGUGAUAUUUUCACAAUAUGAUAUACAGGGGCAGUUUCCCGGACAGAGUCUAGAUUAAUCCAAAAAACAUUACAGGUGUGCAUCUUGAGACAAAACCCAAGCACUGAUAUAUGUUUAGUAGUGAUGCACCGAUGUAUCGGCCGCCGAUAUUUAUCGGCCGAUUUUUGAUGAAUUUGAAACCAUCGGCAAUUGCACGAGAAAGGCCGAUACCGAUUGUUUAUUAAUUAACUGCAUAAAGAAAUCCAUUAUAUGUAAAAAAUGAGUUAAUGUUGUUUAUCAAAUAAAUGCUGAAUAGCAAAAACCACCUUUGAAGGUUGUCAUGCUGUCUUAUAAUAUUUGUUUUAGCUUAAUUUGUGCCUCUCUUAUUAUGUUGGUCAGUUGAAUGUUAAUUAGAUCCAAUCCAUGUUCAGUAAAAAUAAUUUCAUGCAGAAAUAAACUAGCUAAUAGACCAACUGUAUAGUAUUGUAUACAAGUGUUUAAUAUCGGCAUCGGUAUCGGCCAGAAGUUGUCUGUUUAAAUCGGCAUCGGUACAAACAAAUCCUAUCGGUGCAUCCCUAAUGUUUAGAUAUGUCAACGCAAGGUGUUUGUAAAUUAAGGCUUAAUCAUGCAUUUUAUGGCACUUUUCCAUUGCAUAGUACCCCACGGUUUGGUUUGGGUGUGGUCAGAUUACUUUUGGGGGCUUUUCCACUGAGUGCGGUACGUAGUACCCAAUACUUCUUUUAGUACCACCUCUGUUGGGGUUCCAAGCAAGCCGAGCUGAUACCAAAACGUGAUGCGAAAACACUGUAGAUCACUGAUUGGCUAUAAUGUAAAAGAUUAGCUUUACCUUCAUGCUAGCUUGCGCUAUCUCGAGCAAACAUGUUGUCAUCUGUGCUCUGCUAAAAGUUCACAAACUGCCUUUUAGCGCUGAAAAACAUCCACAGAUUGAGAAUCAGAAACACCAUACUAAUUUUUUCCAGACUUGCAGUUUGUGGCGGCACAUUCGGGAAACGCACAUCCGCAUAUUAUGCUUAAACGCAACUUAAAUGAGGCUCAGCGGAGCGCGUAGACUGACGCCACCGGUGUUUGUACAGAAACUGUCAUGUGAGACUGAGUUAGUGAUAAACGCGACAUGCAAACAUCUAUUUGUGGUGGUCAAUUUUAAUUUUGUUGUGGACUGAGAAAUAAAUGAAUGUAUGGGAAUGUACAACAACGCUCUCACUCUUAUGAUGUCUCAGCAGUAGGCAGCACAAAUAUAACGACACGCCUAUAAUCCCUCCCAGUCUGAAGUGUUACUAAACUCGAUGGAAAAGCUAACCAAGCCAAAGUGAGGUGAGCUGACCCAAACCAAACCGUGGGGUACUAUGCAAUGUAAAAGCACAUUAGUCUGGGACUAGGAUAAGCCCUGUCCAGGAAACUACUCCUUGGGGGGGUUCACAUUAGCACUUUUGUUGCGCAUCCGAGUCCAUUUCACGUCAGAGUUCGGUUUGUUUGGAUGAUGUGAACACUGUUUUACAAACUCGUUGUGCACCCGCGAACCACACCCCGGUCUGCCUAAAAAUGGUUGUCUGGGGUAUGGUUUGUGUGGGCUGCGGUACGGUUUGCUGCUGAUAUGAACACAAUCUAACUAAAUCGCGUAAGUGAACCGCUAUUAAUGAUGCUUGUGGGCAGUGGAUGGCCCACUCUAUUUUGUACAAUUUAAACACUUUUGCAGCAGACAGAUGCAAGUGGGUUUCUGUAUUUAUUCUUUGAUAACAAAACCAAAUGUUCAAAUAAAAGACAAGGAUACGAACAACUUUGUCCAUUUUGGCGCUUUCUCUUUUAUAGCCUCUGUCUAGCAACAUCGGUAAAUGGCUGCAGCUUGAUGACACAAGUGUACCGCGGUUUAGAACAAAAUAUUAUAAUGUGAACAGAGACCAGGGGGGAAGAUGGAUGGGGAGCAAUGGGACCAGGCAAUCUAACCUAAUAUGAAACCACCCUUAGUGUCAGAAAGAGUGGCUGAUACCUCUUGAAGUCAUAAGUACUUUUAAAAUCUUUUGAAUUUCUUACUUGAAAAUCAUUUUACUUUGGUCUGGUUAAGAAAUAUGUAGUCUGGUGAAAGUAAAAAAAUUGAAAUAAUCAUUUUAAUUAAACUUUUUUUAAUGAGUUGUCCUGACAUAAGUGUUAAUAAUUACAUCAAUGUAAUAUUGUGUCUAACGCCAACUUAAUUAUCUGCAUUAUUAUUAUUAUUUUUUUAAAUAUAACUCAAUAAAAUUAGGUUGAUAGCUUGAUUUUUUUUCACAAAAUUAGUUUAAGUUUUAGGUUCCCAGCAGGGAUUGUAUAAUGAGAGUAAUUGUAGACCGUACCAUGGCUGCAGCAGGCGCAAUGAUUUGGGGCAGUGCCUGAAAAUAGUCCCACGCUAUUGAAAAGUAACCAAGGGGACUAUUUUCGGGCACUCGUAGUAUCGAGUUAUCUUGUUUUGGAACUCUUCAUUUGUUCUUUUGGUAUUUCAAAAAGUUUCUAUUCUGUUGAUGGGUUUUACGAGGAUACCGUUGUGCUGAAGAGCUGAGCAUUUGUUUAGGUUGAGAACAGACUCACCGGGCAUUACAGUAUCUUACAUGUUGGUAAAAUCAGACUUGAUGGAAAUACUGGAGACUUGAUCAUUUUCUGCUUUAACCUGACAACACUGAGUAUUGUUUAAUAAAAAGUUGUAAUUGUUUUUGUUAGUUUUGUGUAAGUCUGAUUCAAGCUUAAAUAUUAAAAUAGCAAAGCAAAACAGAACAGCUUAAUUUUAUGAGCAUUCAACUUAUUCUGCGUACACACCAGAAGCUAAUUAAAUUAUUUGCGUGAGAAGAUUACAUACAGUCAAUGCAAAUACGCAAAUAGAGACAAAUUUGUGCAGGGCAAUGCAAAUGAUGCAAAUUGAGCAGCGCGACUGCAGCGAACAUAUGCUAUUCGCCUCUGUGCAAGUUGAAAAUAAUCAAUUCAUGCGAAAAAUUUCCAUGAUGCGAAGUUAAAUCUUGCGAGGAACAGCUUUGGUGUGUGAAUUUUUUUUUCGCAUAAAAUGCUUUUUUUUUAAUAUUUGUAACUCAAUAUAGUUUGUUGGUUGAACUUAAUUUCAAGAGAAGUUGUCUUAACUUAAACUUCAGCAAUUUUUUAUAUCACACUUGCAUAUAUUUGAAAACUGGAAUAAUUGAGAAGUUGCUUUACCCAAGACGAGGCACGAGUCUCAGAAGUAAUAUUGAUGAACAAAUAUUUUUUGUACAAGCCGCCUAAGGACAUAUAAGCCAUCUGAGCAAUCUAUUGUAGUUUAGUUUAGAUUCUCUUGCACAAUUUUACUCUACACUUGUUGCACUCAUUAUUUCAUAUUUCUUUUUUUUGAAGGAUAUUGAAGUACGCAUACAAUGUUAACGUAAUUUUUUCUGUUCUUGCCGUGACAACUUAUCACCACCACAUAAAAUAAAAUCUCUAUUCUAAGAGGAUCUUUUUGUAACACAUUCUCUCUUUCUUGUGACUGUACUCUAGUCUAUGUCCUGUUGUUAUGACUUUAAUGAUCAAUACAGAUGGUCAAUAUGCUAAUUCACAAUGGUCACUUUCAUAUAAGCAGAAUCAAAGUGUGUAGAGGUGUUGGUCAAAAAUUGUGUUUUUGCGAGUGUCCCGUCAGAUUAUGAGACCAAUUUGGAAGUUGGUAGAGGUAUGGGAAAACCUUUAUCAUUUUUCUGGCUUUUCCAUAUUUGGAGUUUUAUUUAAAGUAUGCAAAUGAGAAUUAGGCAGUGGUUUCGUUAGUUGUUAUUCUCUUGAGAGCAUAUUUCAUUUCAUAAUGCCUCAGAUAUCAUACUACUAAUCUCUUAUAAAAUCAUGUUUCUGAACUUUAAACUUGUUUGAGUGUUUUGUACAUUAAUCUCAGGAUAGGGCUUUGGUUGUUCAAAAUAAUAAAUUAUUGUUUGAUAAUAAUUGUUUAAUAUUUAUUGUAAAUCUUAUCGUUGAUUUAUUGUCAUGUGCCACUGUUACUAAUGCUUGGUUUUUAGACUCAGUAUUUCUACAGAGGUGUUGUUUUAAUCACUAAUGUCUUUAUAUCUUUUAUUUUAUAUCUCGCAGCCUUUGUUUACAGAUUUUUUUAACGGCACCUCAAGCAAAUAUAUAUUUCAAAUAUGUAAUAUAUAUAUGCAAAAAUGUAUCUUUUGAAUAUAGAAAAAUGAAACGAUUAUUUCAGAAAUGAAGUAUUGCAUGUGCAUCUGUAUUAUAUUAAUCUGCAUUCAGUUUCAAUGAAUAAAAAGGUCUGAUGCCUUCGA